UUUUCGUGGGCACCGCUCAGUCCUCGACAUGGCGAACGCCGCGGCGGGUCGGGUGCGUAGCCUGUUCGAAGGGUUACUGCUCGUGAGAAAAUGUGCAAAUGCGAGAACAAACUCUACGCCCUCCGUGAGAUGGUCACAAUACAGGACUAUACACGAAAGCAAGGAGCAUCUCCCAAAGCUGCAGCCGCCCGGACCUGGCCGGCGUGACCCUGCGCGCCGCGUGCUCUCCACCUCGGCGCCGGCGCGCUCCAUCCAGCAGCCGGGCGCCGAGGCGCGCGACGAGCCCGACACGAGCAAAACCACCGAGGACGACAUCCGACACAUGUUCACCGACAUAGUACAAGAACUGUCCACCACCGACAACCAGCUGCUCAAAGACAUAGCCAGCUAUUACUUCGACGGCCAGGGAAAAGCCGUGCGGCCGAUGAUCACGUGCCUGACGGCGCGUGCCAUCAACUCACACGCACACCCCCACAGAAGGUUCCUGCUGCCGUCGCAGCGGCGUGUGGCCAUGAUCACGGAGAUGAUCCACACGGCGUCGCUGGUGCACGACGACGUGAUCGACGCGUCCGACACACGCCGUGGCAAGGCCAGCGUCAACAAGUACUGGGGCCAGAAGCGGGCCAUCAUGGCCGGAGACUACAUCCUCUCGGUGGCCUCCACCAUGUUGGUGGCGAUCCUAGGUGGUGCGGAUGACGAGAUUCAAGAGGUGGCCUUCCAGUACGGCAGGAACGUGGGCAUGGCGUUCCAGCUGGUGGACGAUCUGCUGGACUUCGUGUCGUCCUCCAAUCUGAUGGGGAAGCCGGCGGCGGCGGACCUGAGACUGGGCCUAGCCACGGCGCCGGUGUUGUUCGCGUGCGAGAAGUUCCCGGAACUGAACCCGAUGAUCAUGCGUCGCUUCACGGAGCCCGGCGACGUGGAGAAGGCGUACCGCUGGGUCAUGGACUCGGAGGGUCCGCGGCAGACCCGCAUCCUGGCCGAGACCCACUGCGCUGAAGCCAUCCGGCACAUCAGCCAGCUGCAGACGUCGCCUGAGCAGCGCAGUCUGGUCCAGCUGACGGACCGCGUGCUCAAUAGGAUGAAGUAGUGCGCCGACGCCGGCGGUUGG